CUUGGGUGGGUCGCAGGAUUUUUCGGUUUCUUCUCGUCGGAGUUCGUCAGGGCAAAAUAAAAGCAGGCGAAACGUAGUGUCGUUUUCCGUAGCGGCACGCUGCGUUCAUAACCCCUCAUUUUCAUUGCGCAAAGAAGUAAAACCCCAACUUCCCUUUCGUCUCUGCCCUCACCUGCAGAACAGAACGCGUCGUCUCAUUUCUCUCCGCAUCGCCGUCGCAACAACACCGCCGAGAAGAUAACCUCUUCAAUCGGAAAAUGAACGCUGAUAACGGUUCCAGAGACGCCAAACUCGACAACCAACACGUUUCUCUCUUUCCACUUUUUUCUCUGUUCUCUCUCUUAGGAAACGAAAUAUACUGUAAAUUGAAAUUCGAUUCCACUAUUUAACGGGGAAGUUCAGUUCGCCGUUAGAUUGCGUUGUUGACUUCACGCGACUAGGCAAAAGACAAAGAAAAGGAGGAACUCACCGAGAAUAUGAACAAGUUGCAUAUUGAAGGAUCUUCGUCUGGGAGUGGAUCAUCUAGCUUCAGAAGAAAACCUGUCAUCAUUAUAGUUGUGGGAAUGGCAGGGAGUGGGAAGACAACACUCAUGCAUAGGUUGGUAUGCCAUACACAUUUGAAAGACAUUCGGGGUUAUGUGGUGAAUCUCGAUCCUGCCGUCAUGACACUCCCAUAUGCUGCUAACAUUGAUGUGAGAGACACUGUUAAAUACAAAGAAGUCAUGAAGCAGUUUAACCUUGGCCCUAAUGGUGGAAUUUUGACUUCCCUGAACUUGUUUGCCACCAAGUUUGAUGAGGUAAUUUCUGUAAUUGAGAAACGGGCAGAUCAACUUGACUAUGUUCUUGUGGAUACCCCUGGUCAGAUUGAAAUAUUUACCUGGUCUGCUUCUGGUGCUAUCAUUACAGAAGCUUUUGCAUCUACAUUUCCCACUGUAGUUGCCUAUGUAGUUGAUACACCCCGUUCAGAAGAUCCCACCACUUUCAUGAGCAACAUGUUGUAUGCUUGUAGUAUCCUCUACAAGACAAGGUUACCUCUCAUCUUGACUUUCAACAAGGUUGAUGUAGCAGCACAUCAGUUUGCUUUGGAGUGGAUGGAGGAUUUUGAGGCGUUCCAAACAGCCGCAAGUUCAGAUCACUCGUACUCAUCAACUUUAACUCAGAGCCUUUCUCUUGUGCUAGAUGAAUUCUACAACAAUUUAAAAUCUGUUGGAGUUUCUGCAGUUUCUGGUGUAGGAAUGGAAGCCUUCUUUAAUGCUGUCGAAGCCAGUGCAGAGGAAUACAUGGAGACAUACAAGGCUGAUCUUGAUAAAAGACGUGAAGAGAAGCAACGUUUGGAGGAAGACCGCAGGAAGGAGAGCAUGGAUAAACUGAGGAGGGACAUGGAGAAAUCUGGGGGAGAAACUGUAGUCUUGAGCACUGGUUUGAAGGACAAAGAAGCAAGUAAAAGUAUGAUGGAUGAGGAAGACGAGGACGAGGAAAUGGAUGAUGAUGAUGAUGAUGAUUUGGGGAUAUAUACUGAAGAGGAAGAUGCUAUAGAUGAGGACGAAGAUGAGGAGGUUGAUAGGUUCGGCUUCUGAUGUGAUUCGUCACCAGUUGGACUGCAUCAGAGCUAGAUCUUUGUAUAGCACCUUGACCUUCAUUUGGUAAAUGUAUACAAACCUUGAAAGUUUGACUACUAAUUAAUCAACCACUUUAUUUCAUAUAAGCUGUCAGCACUAUUUGCUCUAGGUUCUUUACGUUUAUGUUUUUGUACUACUUGCAGAGAUAGUUGUGCUUGAUGCAGCUUGUUUUUGGACUUAUAAAUUUGAGAAUAGUGAUUACUCAAUUACAUAUA